UGAAACAACGAAGUAAAAAAUAUUUCAAAAUGUUCACUAAAAUCGCUUGUGUGAUGGCUCUAGCGAUUGUUUGUGAGGUGGCAACUCAACAUCAUGACCAUAAGCCAGCUAUAUCGUCACAGUCCAUCGAACGUCAUGACAUACCGGCUCAUCCUCCUAAGGGUUUCCUCGAAAACCAUGGUCCAGCCAAAUACGAGUUCGAGUACAAGGUGCACGACCCGCAUACCGGUGACGACAAGUUCCAACACGAGACCCGCGACGGUCACCACGUGAAGGGAGUCUACAGUCUGCACGAGGCUGAUGGGUCCAUCAGAACUGUACACUACUCAGCCGACAAGAAACAGGGCUUCCAAGCCGACAUUAAACACACAACGAAGCAUAUAGAAGAUCACAAGCAUCAUAACUAGAUCAAACCUCUGCCUCACUAACUCAUAAUUGUUAAUUAUACCUACU